CCACCGCCCACCGGAAAUGACUCGACGCUCAUCCUUCGUAAGCUAACAAAUGAGACAGCAAUGUCGCCAAAACCAGCAGACGCAGUCUUAGUUUCCAAUCUUACACUAUUUUGUUUAGUGGUAAAAAUGAAUUUUCCAUUUUUAUUAUUUAAAUCCUCCACAUUGUCUACACUUCAGAACCGUAACGCCAAAUCCAAUGCAACCCACACACCACCAACCGGCCUCUCGUCACGUGGCAGUGAUCGGCGCCGGAGCGGGCGGCCUGGUCGCCGCACGUGAGCUCCGGAGAGAGGGUCACAAAGUCGUAGUCUUCGAGCGAGGAGACCAAGUAGGCGGUACUUGGGUCUACACUCCGAAUGUGGAGUCCGACCCAAUUGGGCUCGACCCGAAUCGGACCAGGGUCCACUCGAGCAUGUACCAGUCGCUCAGGACCAACCUCCCAAGAGAGGCCAUGGGGUUCCGGGACUACCCAUUUGUGGCCAUAGAAGAAGAUGAAGAGAGAGACCCCAGAAGGUAUCCGGGUCACAGAGAGGUGUUGAUGUAUUUGAAGGACUUUGCGAUUGAGUUU